AAACUGCCUGUGGUAUAAACCAGUAUUGCUAGCAGCUGAAACUUCACUCCUAUCACCACUUUCGCUGUGAUUUCCGUAAGCUCUUGAAUGCAGCACUUCUUACUUCUCUUUUAAAUGUCUUUCACAGAAAUGCUUUUAAUGUAUAUCUUCAACAAAAUAUUGCACUGAAAUAGCAAAAUCGUAUACAUUUUAUAAUUUAAGGUACGAUAACAAAAAAAAAACACGACAUUUGUACCUACUAUCAUUUACAUCAAGUCGCGUUCACGUUCCAAAGAUCCGCGUUCACUUGUCGCCCAUCAAACUGUCAGCAGUUCACCCAACUUCAAGAACACUGUCGGAUAUCCACUUAAACACGGAUAUAUUACCCUGACAACUCAAAGAUGUGGAAGUCAGUCGUGGGCCACAAUGUGAGCGCUAAGGCGGCAACAGAGGGGGACGACUGGGAGACAGACCCUGACUUUGAGAAUGAUGUAUCCGAGCAGGAGCAGAGGUGGGGAGCAAAGAGUGUGGAGGGUUCAGGACGGACGGAGCACAUCAGUGUUGCAGACCUCCGAAACAAAGUCGCUGCAGAGCACGAGCAAGGGAAGCAGAGGGAGCACACUCCCAAAGCCUCGUACGGAUAUGGAGGGAAGUUUGGAGUCGAAAAAGACCGAAUGGACAAGGCGGCUUUGGGGCAUGACUAUGUGGCACAAGUGGAGCAACACUCCUCUCAGAAAGAUGCGGCACAAGGUUUCGGUGGCAAAUUCGGUGUUCAGAAAGACCGCGUCGACAAGUCGGCCAUGGGCUUUGAAUACAAAGGAGAGGUACAGCAACACACAUCUCAGAAAGAUUACUCAAAGGGAUUCGGAGGAAAGUACGGUGUGGAGAAGGAGAAAGUGGAUAAGGCAGCUUUGGGGUAUGACUACAAAGGCGAGACAGAGAAGCACCAGUCACAGAAAGAUUAUUCUAAGGGAUUUGGAGGAAAGUACGGCGUGGAGAAGGAGAAGGUGGACAAAGCCGCUUUGGGGUAUGACUAUAAAGGAGAAACAGAGAAGCACCAGUCACAGAAAGAUUAUUCGAAGGGAUUCGGAGGGAAGUUUGGUGUUGAGAAGGAGAAGGUGGAUAAAGCUGCUUUGGGCUAUGAUUAUAAGAGCGAGACAGAGAAACAUCAGUCACAAAAAGAUUACUCAGCAGGUUUUGGAGGCCGUUAUGGAGUUCAGGCUGACCGCAUGGAUAAGAGUGCUGCCGGCUUCUCCGACAUGGAUUCCCCUUCCUCUGCGUAUGAAAAAACACAACCAUUAGAGGCCUCGAGCGCGGGUGCAGGGAAACUGAAGGCACGUUUUGAGAACAUGGCGAAAGCUUCAGACGAAGAGAACAAGAAGAAAGCAGAAGAAGAGAGAGCAAGGAGACAAGCCAGAGAGAGCAAAGAGCGGGAGGCUGCCAAACACAGACAAGAGGAGGAGAGCAGAAGAGAGAAGGAAAUCCGUCCACCACCUGUUCCAGAUAUGGCUCCAGACGUGGAGGAUGAAAUGCCGCCACCAGAUAUCCACCACCACAUACCAGAGAUACAAGAAAUACCAGAACCAGAACCAGAGGGGGAAUUAUUUUACGAGGAGCCCCCAGAGUUGCCCCCGCGCACAGAGGAUUUCCACUCCCAUGAUCCUCCCCCAGCCCCCGACAUGUGUGCAGAUGUGGAGGAGGAUGAGGGAGAGUACGAGGAACUCGCUGAGCCGCCUGCUGCUGCGCCCACAGCCGACGAUAACGACUAUGAGGACUUGUUGACUGGCCAGACAGCUGUAGCAAUUUAUGACUACGUAGGAGAGGCUGAAGAUGAAAUCUCCUUCAACCCAGAUGACAUCAUCACCAACAUAGAGAUGAUUGACGAGGGCUGGUGGAAGGGACAUUGUCGCGGUCACAUCGGUCUCUUCCCCGCCGCUUAUGUUCAGCUGACGCAGUGAGGAAAUGAUCAGGGAGGUUUCAAACAAGCUUUACUUAAACAGUUAUGUUGUUAAGCAUGUGCAGCAAAGGGAAAUCUUUGUUUUUAUAGAAUAAUCCCAAAGAGUUGUGCCAAAAUGGCUUCUGCUGAAAUGAUUUCUUUACUUUUGUGUAAUAUCUACCUUUGGGUCAGUGUAAAUGAGUAUUAAACGCUGUGACGAUGUUAGUGGUAAGUAGUUGUAUUUUCUUGAUGAAAUGAACUGAUUAGAAUCAAUAAUAUAUUAUACAAGCAACAUUCUUUGGGUUGUUUGAAUGCAAACAGCUUGUCUUAAUAGUUCAUUUUAAAAUUAGUGACAAUUUCCAGUAAUUCAGGGCUAUUUUCUUUGACUGGAAAACUAUAGUAUUGUGAUCAUCAUAAUAUAUUGUCAUUAUUUGACAUAAUCCUGCUCUCUGAAUAAAUGUUUUAAAAGUAAUGUGUUUAAAAAUGAAAGAAAAACUGUUAAUUAAAGUAUUUUUACAAGUGGAAA